AUGGCGACCGAGACCAGAACUCGCACACAGGCCCAAGAGCCCACAAGUGCUCACCCUCCACAGACAUCUCCACCUACGUCCCCGCGUCCCCAGCCUACAAAUCCGGGUCAAGCACCACCGGUGGAUGGAAAGACUUUCUACGGAUAUCUCUUCAACAAGGACAGAACACCCAAGCCGCUUCUGGACAAUCUGUUGCGCGCAAUCGCAAAAUAUACUGAGACUGAGAUAGGCGACAAGAACAGGCCGCUCCUCGACAAGGCCAAACUCGCAGCCUUCUACAAGGCGGUUGGCGGCGACUACGAUUCACUAUUUGUCAAGGCGCCCGACAAGUCGAUAUCUUACAUCUGGCAAGCACUUGGAGUCCAGCACACGCUCCAACCGACCGAGAAUGACUUCGAGCCUCCGUCUAUACCGGCGCUGACUCUAAAGGGCUUCGCACGAUGGCAGUCACUACAGAUUCUGCUUGGCCCGGAGGAGCACGUACCCUUCAUCCAGUAUGCUGUUCGCAAUUGGGCGUUGAAGCACCCGGUCACUGGCGCACCUUUUCCGGUUGAUCUCCCGGCAGAGGCCUUCCCCAAGGUCUGCGACCCGGAGAUCGAUCGCUGGCACAAGGACUGCGCCAAGAGGUUGAAACACGAUGCGGCGCCUGCCGUUGACAGACCAGCGCCAACGCACCCUCCUGACCCUCGUGUACAUUUCAACCAUGUGCACGCGUCGGGCCCUUCGCAUCAUGGGCCAGCAAUGGACUCUUACUUUGACCGCACACGGCCAAGCGUGCCUUUCGUACACGUCCAGGGUCGGCCGGGCGUGCAUCACAGCCAGUCGACCCGCAAACAUCGGGUUGAUAGUAGUAGCAGUAGCAGCUCCCCCGAUGAGCGUGCCCGCAGACGACGAAGCUUUUCCGAUUACCCUUCCCCUAUACAUGAAAAAGUCCGCCAUUCAGUUCAUCUAGAUCCUCAUCGCCCGCCUCCAGUUCGAAGACAUAGCAGUCAGCCUCGACAGGAUCCUAUUCCAGGUUCCGACUCGGACUCGGACGAUGUUCCGGCGAGCCCGCGCACCAGGAUUCACAGGCCAGUCAGACCUCCGGUCGCGUCAGUUCGUGUUUUUCCUCCCGACUCCCCGGUCACCCCGCCAGCGCCGCAAGGCCCAGCUCGGUCAUCGCACCGUACAGAACUAAGGCAGCCCGACUCUCGGCGCCGGAGCAUGCCGCCUGGACACUUUGGCUUUCGCCAGAAAGUCAUGUCUUUCCUGCCGGGAUCGGGAUCGAAUGACAGACAACGCAGUCCUUCUUCCCGCAGUGACCGUGACUCGGAUAGCCGCCCGAACAGUGCCCGGCUUCGUCAUGAGCACGGCUCAGUUCGAUUGAACCAACGCUAUUCUGACGAGGCAUUCUCGCCCAUGGAUUCGGACUCUGACGUAUCCCCGAGACAUCGCUAUCAUCGCGAUCGCGAACAUGAACGGGAACGAGAGCGAGAAAGGGAGAGGGAGAAGGCUCGCUUACGUGAGAUUGAAGAUGAGCGCGAAAGACGCAGCAGAAAAGACCACGCACAUCUCAGACCUGGAAUUAGUAGGCGCACCAGUAGCGCUGCCGAUGUAGAGAGGCGAUCGCGAGAAUGGGACGUACGGGACCGACUACGUGAAAGAGAUCGUGUCAGAGAUCAUGGUCGAGAACCCCGUGAACCUCGAACCAGCGGUGAGACACAUCGCAGGAGUUGGAGAGAACGAGAUGAACGUGAGAGAGGGACGAGUCCAGUUGUUGGUGUCAGCGGCAGAAAGUAUCCAGCAGAGAACCCAAAGCCGGGGUGGCCCUCGCAUUAUGAGACAUGA